AACCAACAUUCAUAUGUCCGCAUCGAGGAACUUCAGGACAUGGUUGCUGUAGCCGAGCCUCUCUGGAAUGUCAAAGUGGAUGCAUCGAAAUGUGCACAGAAGUGUUACAGAGAAUCCAUGUGUGUUUCUUUCUUCCACAACGCUUUGACUGGUGCCUGUCAAGGACACUCAAGGAUCUUCAACAGCCACGAGAACCUGGUUCCCAAACCUGGCUUCAAGUACUCGCUGGAUGGUCUUUACGCUAACAAUGCUACCUACACUGACUGUACAGAUAUCAUGACUCGCUUUCCUUCUCUGAAGUCUGGCAUCUACAUCCUCAAGCCUGAUGGACAAGACCAGUUCCAAGCCUACUGUGUUUCCAGCAUAGGUACAUGGACGGUGAUUCAACGACAUCACAAUGGUAUAAUGAUCCAACGACAUCACAUCGACAUAAUAAACUUAUCAUUUUUGCAACAGUUGAUCCAAAGACGUCAGGACGGCUCCGAAAACUUCUUCAGAACCUGGAACGAAUACAAGGAAGGGUUUGGCGACCUGAAUGGAGAGUUCUGGCUUGGCAAUGAAAAGGUGUGGCGUGUUGUCAAGGGACGACAGUUCGAGUUAAAAAUAAAGCUCUGGGACUUUCAAGAUGAUACGAGAAUGGCUCACUACCAAAGCUUCUCCAUAGGUAGUCUGGCUGAGAACUAUAAACUGAAAAUCUCUGGCUUCUCCGGCAACGCAGGCGACUCCAUGGAGACGAGUAACGGCCGCGCAUUCUCCGCCAGAGAUCGUGACCUUGACAAGAACACAGGUAACUGCGCACUAAAGUUCAAGGGAGCCUGGUGGUACGACUCAUGUCACAAGGCAAACCUGAAUGGAGAAUACAACAAUACAAAUGAUGCUGAGGGCAUCGUCUGGUACCACUGGCACGGCUAUCUGUAUUCUUUGAAAAGAACGGAGAUGAGAAUACGACCCUGUUGUUGAGAUAUAUUGCACAGCAGACAUUCGAGAUCACCCCGUGCUAUCCUGGAUUACCUAACCUUGUUGGUUCCGGAAAGGAAAUUUCCGGACAACGCCAGUACUUUUGUGUCCUUUUCGAAUUAUUCCGUUCAACUGUCGUGUGUCGAAAUAAAAUUCAUCCCACAUGAGUAGUUGUGUCACAUGAUAGCUGUUUCCGUAGCAACCAGUAAAGGUGACAUCAGGUCACAUGAAAUAAGUACAUACCUCUCGACAACGGCAAAUGAAAUGGACAAAAUGUACACACAAUGUGCACGUAGAUUCUACGAAAUCCUUUCAGGGCCAGUCGGUAGAUUUCAAGACUCGAAGACCAAGACCUUCUGACGCCUUGGGGACUUUGAAUGUUAUAACCAAGAUCAAACAACUUUGAGCAACAGUCUUUAAAUCUUGGUAGAAAUUGACAACCCAGUUGUACGUCAAAAGGCCGUGAAAAUGAAUAUGAGGUAACAGGUUUCGGAUUAUUGUGUAAGAGGAAAAGAGUUAAGAACAUUCAGAAUGUCAUCUA